AUGGUGGCGAGGAUAAUGAAUGCGCAAGUACUUCGAGAUUGGAUGGAAAAAGAUGACAAAUAUGUAGAGUCUGUCAAGAACAAGUUGGGAGAAGAAAUCUCUCAGAACUUUCGUUGGCAAUCUUCGCUCAGAGAUCCGUUAUGGAAAAGUCAUGCCGCAUUGAUCUACGCCGCUCAAGAUGAGAAUAUGGUGGCAGAGAUCUGCAAUUCUCCGUUCAAAUUGAACCAACUCCAAUUCAACAUGUUCCUUCACAAAAAUCGCAACACGUUCAAACCAAUCGAGCCGAACGCUCCAUACACAUUUUACACUUUUCCAAACACUACCAAAGAUGUUUUGAAAUUAUUUUCCAAAUUUCAAUUGUCUUCUUGGUGGGGAUACAAUGUUACAAUGAUCUAUAAUGUGGAGUUCAAGUAUCAGGUAGUCAACAAGCAAGGCUCCUACAAAAUCGUGCACAUCGUCGUCGGUGGUGGUUGUACUGAACACGGAAUAGUCAACCAUGAAUACACAGAUGUUGGAGUACAAAAAGAGUCUCUGAAAGCAUUGAAAGAGGAGAACAACGUAGAUGUUCGUGCGCUUUUCGACGUCAUGUCACCCGCGUCGGUCAAGUAUUUGGAGCAAACAGAUUAUGAGAUCCCGUCGCUUUGGUUGGAUGCAUUGGAGAAAAAUGAUGAGUAUUUGGAAGCAGGAGUGUGUAGUCACAACGAAGAAACCAAGUUUCCAGCAUAUACUGGAAAAAUGAUAAGAUCCUGGUAUCGAAGAUUGAGUCAAAUGUGGAAGCCUCCAAAUAGAACUGAUACGGAUUAUGUGACAGUCCAAAUGUUGAGUGUACAUGACACCGAGAUGACUGCCAGAAUCACAAUGAGACUUGAAAUCGGAUUGAGAGAGAAUGCGAGCAUACAUGAAUGGAAUUUCAAGAUUCGGCUUUCCUUUAACAAACACGGAGACAAUCAUUGGUACAUCACGAAGUUCCAUGCCCUCUGUCCAGCCACCAUCGACUAUAUGCAAGAAUCUCUGAAACAUAUGCCUGAGCUGAUAACUGAAAACUUUUUGGAGGAGGUGCGUGGUCGACAGCCACCAGUUCGCUGGUACCAAACCGUUGAUUUUAUUCAAAAGUUUUCUAUGAAUGGAUAUGUGGAAGUGAACAUUUGUGAAGCGAAAAAUGCCACGAAUUUGACCCAAAUCCGUCUCACCAUGAUGUAUGAUUAUGGUCUAGACAAUGCUAGUCUUGUGCUCUACAAUUUGGAUCAGUCCACCAUCAAAUUCCCUGCCACCGAAUCCACCACUUUUGAAAUGAACACUGUGACAAGUCCGGAACCCGCUAAGCCCGAUGACGCUAUUCAUACGCAUAAGCACAGCCAGAAGUGGACUUUUCAUCUGAAAUGGCACAACAGGGAUCAGUUCUAUUAUAUGCAAAAACUCGAGUUGACGUGUCCGGAAUGGAUUCCAACCGGGGUUCAAGUUUGGAUGCGAAUUGGAUAG